AUGGAAAAGGGCUCUGAAGGGAUGCAGGCAUCGCACAGUGUGAUGGCAUCGAUUGCUGGGGCAUGCUCCCGAGCAAGCAUCAGAAACAAGCAGCUGGAGAGUCAAGCUGCAGCAGCGCUAUCUGCAGAGGCAGGCCGAAAGCCAAGAGCCCAGGGCAGUUGGUCACCAGGUGCGCAAGGAUGGCACAGCUGGGGGAAGCGACCUCGAUGGAAGAUCCCAACUCCCAAACAAAGAAAGAGAACAAAGCCCUCCACACAUGUUUCUCCCUCCCAGUGCAUGAAAGGCCUCACAAUGUCAGCAGACGAGCUGAGAAAACUUGGCCCCAGGUGGAGGGGCAGUUCUGCAUCGUUUUCUGGUGCACCCAGCUGUGGGCAAGAGGAGGAGUCUGCCUCCGAUGACAUAAUCAGUGGGAGCAGUGACGACGACCAGUGUGCUGGCAAUGCUUCUCUGGCAUCGAAACUGGCAUGCGUCACCUCGCCCGCCAAGAGCAGCCCCCACCCAGUGCUGAACCUCACGAGCCAGGGGGCUCCCCAUUCCCAACAGAGCAGAGGCGCCCCUGAAUCCCAACGCCUGUUAGGGGCAGGGAUGGGAGAGGAGGGUGGGGAUGCUCCCACCAGAUGUGAUCCAAACCCGCUUGUUGCAAACACAAGAUUGGACAAUACAUUCACAGACCAGAUCGGCUGCAGGUCAACCCAUGGAUCUGAUUCGCGAAAGGCACUUGAAGAGGUGGCUCUUGGGCAAGUACCCUGGAGGCCAGUUGAGCGGUGCAAUCCUGGCGUUGCAGAUGUGGCCUGUGGCUCCCUAUCCCCUUCUGUCCCAAAGCAUGGCGGUUUGGAUGGCCUUUCAGGAGCUGAUACCAUUGCCCAAGGGUCGGAGGUCAGGGGCAUCACUGCCCAGAGGGCAUUCAUCUGCCUAAAUGUAGGGAGGGCCGGCCAAGGCAUGGCCAGGCAUGAGGCUGGGUCUGGUGCUGGUGGUGGCAGCGGUGGUGACAGCUUGGCCAGCAGGUUGCUGAGGAUCGUGCAGGCAGAGAAGGUCAGAUGGGAGAGGGCCGAGGCAGGGGGAGUGUCCAGUGCGAUUGAGAAUGCCAUGCUCUCUCCUUGCAGUACUCCCACGUAA